GCUCGUAUGACAAUCCUAGAAAUUUUCGAACGGAUAAGCAGCUGCUGCUAUCUCCAGCAACGGCCACCCAUGUCCACUUCUUUCUGCCUCCGUCUUGCUCUUCCGAGCACCCUCUACAAAGUGUCAAGACCCAGAAACGAGAAACCCCAAAUUCGCUGCAUAGGAUGGGAUCCGGAAGGCAUCCUUGGACCUCCCAAGUCGGGGCACAUCGCGAGGCUAGAAUUCAAAAGACGCCUUGAAAAGGACGCCGAUGCUCGAGAAGCUUUCGAACGCCAAGUCCGUGAGGAGAAGGAGCGUCGGCGAGUUCUUCGUGAGUCGCGGGAGGCGCCGGAUACUUUAGAGGACUUGGUUGAGUAUUUUCUUGAUACUGAAGCUCAGGAGAUUGAAUUUGAGAUUGCAAGAUUGAGACCACGAUUAAAUGAAGAAUUCUUUGCUCACCUGAAAUUUGAAUUGGGGACAUUGAGGUUUGCAGUGUCCAAGACUCAGGCUGUCGAGGACAGAGUAAUCGAGCUGGAAUCACUUGAAAAAGCCCUCCAGGAAGGAAUAGAAGCUUAUGAUAAAAUGCAAUCCGAGCUUGUAAAAGCAAGGGCAUCCCUGGUGAAGCUUUUAUCGUCAAAAGAUGUCAAUGCUACCCUUCUGGACAUGGUCGAGCAAAAUGAGUUGAACCGAUCCCUGCUGGCACUUCUCGAUGAAAACAUCGGGACAGCAUAUUGGGGCAAUCAGACACAAGCUGCGGAGUACAUGGAAAAAAUUCGCAAAGCUAUGCUCAAGUAUAUUACAGUUUGAUCGACGUAGCUGGGCAAGCGUGUCUGUUUACUUCCAAUCCAACCUUGUACUGCUUGCUGCUGAUGUUUCUGGAAAUUUUGAGCUUCAAGAACAAGAGAGGAUAAUCGAUAAUGGAGGAUGGAAUAGAAUUUAGUUUGGGAUUUUCUCAGGGAUGGAGAAUGUCCUCUGUUCUGAAUCCCACCAUUAGACAGACAAACAUUGUAGAAAAACAAAAAAAAAGACACAA